AUGUCCCGCGCCCCACCGCGGGGCGGGGAUUCGGAGAGGACGGAGAGCGAGAGAGAGAGCGAGCGGGAGAGAGAGAGAGAGAGAGAGAGACAAGAGAGACGACGGAGACGGAGACUCCCAUCCCGGAGACGAGAACCGAAGAGGAGCGCGGCAGAGACGGCCCUGACGAGGGACCCGGCCGGCCGUGCGGCUUCGCGGCGGCCUCGGCGGAGAGACGGAGAGAAAGGCGACGGGCUCGCCGACGCGCCGGGGACCGCCACAGAGGACUCGGGGAAGGAGGAGCAGGGUUACGACCCCCGUCCCCGGCGCUCGCGCCUCGCGUGCGCGCGGCAGCACACGGCACGGUACCCCCGCGGUACCCACCCGCAGACAGCCGCCCGCACGGGGGUGGAGCCCGGGGGCGAGGCCCGCGCCUCGCCUCCCCUUUCUCGCCCUCUCUCGGACCACGGCGGCGUCUUCGAGACGCCGUCUUCUCUCUCGCUCUCGCCCCGGCCGCCGCCGCCGCACCGCGCGGCACGGCCCCGGCAAGGACGAGCUCCGCCCCAGCGGCUCGUUCCGGGAGCGGGGAGCUACGGAGCGCUCCCCGAGUCUGCAUUUAGGGGGACGAAGGCCCUGCGCGGAAGCAGCGGCGACGACGACCGCGACGACGACGAAGCCCCGCCGGGCCGCAGGGAAAGAGGGCCGAGGCCGCCGAGGGAAACGCUUCCCUCGCCGAACCCCCGGACACCGCCUUCCCUCCGGGCACCGGCCGGGACGACGCCGCCGCCGCCGCCGCCGCCGCCGCCUACCGCGGGCAACGGACCUGCGAGGCGACCCCAGCCGCGCCGCCGGGGCGGCCCCCGGGCGGCGAUUGAUCGUCACGCGACGCUCAGACAGGCGGGAGACGCCGCCUCGGCAUGCCCUUGUCUCUUCGGAGGCGGCCCAGGCGCCCGGGCUCGGCCCGACCUCCGCACGGAGAAGCAACGCGACGGACCGGCCGAGGGACGGCGGCCCGCCCGGCCUCGCUCACGGGAACAACACGCCUUCGCGGCCGCGGGGGCGCGACCGCCGGCCCCCGCUCACGCUCGCAACCUUCGCCUUGACCGACGGCCGCGGACUCGCGGAACGCCGCCGCGCCAACCGCGCGGCCGGGCUCUCUCUUCCCAGCGGCCUUACAACGCCCGGAGACGCCGCGCGGCGACUACCGAUCCACCGGAGCAACCCCUGCGCGGGACCGCUUCCCACCGCCCUAAGGGCGAAAGUCCGGCGGGGGCCGCACUCCGAACGCGCAACCGGGGGGUAACCCGGGAGGCGGGGCCGCCCCCGAGACCCGAGCCGGCGUCGCGAGCGCCGGAGGCCUGCCGGUCGGCAAGACCCACCGCCGCCGGGGCCGCACUCCCGGGACCGCCGCCGCUUCGCACCGUCGGGAACUCCCUUCCCGCGGGCUCGCGCCCAGCGGCAGGCGUACGGCGGCUGAGCCGGGGGGCUACGCCCGCUCCCCUCGUUUCCACUCGGGGACCGGGACGGGGAAGCGCCCCCGCGGCCGCCCCCGCACGCCUACCUUCGGCCCACACGCGGCCGGAGAAGGGCAACGGGGAAGCGACGGACGGAGCCCGGGCCGGGACGGCCGCCGGCGACGGCGGGCGCCUUCCGGCAGACCAUCCCCCGGGGGGGACACUCGUCCGAGCGGCGACGCCGCCGCACUCGGCACGGGGGUCCGCAACCCGCACUCGCCGGGCCUCCGGUGACGACGGAGGGGGACCGCCGAGCGCUCACCCCCGGGAGGAAGGAGCGGUCGAGACACAGCGAUGGCCGGUGGGCGGCACUCGCCGGCGGGCCUUCGAGGAGAAGGCCGUCGAGGGAAGAGAGGCACGGUCGCGGCCUGACGCGGCGCCGCACGCGAGGCCGCGGCGGCGGCCAAGAGGCGAGAGCGUGGCGGGCCCCGGCGGCCGCAACCCCGCAGCCGAGGUAGGGCAGAGGGCACGCGCCCUCUGCCGGCGUCGCCCCGUGUCGAGAGGCGAGCGGGUCGGCCCCGCGGCCGGAUCGCGCGCCGCGGCCUCUCCGCCGAGACCGGGGCCGCAGAGAGGGGGGGGCAGGGCGCCCCUCCCUGGCGCGGCACGGGUGCCCCCCCCCCGCGCGCGGGCGCGCGGCGGGACGCCGGCGAACGAGAGCGGGACAGAGCGCGGCCCGGUCGCGACGGACACCAUCGCGGGGGAUCGGCGGGAGUAG